UGGGAAAGGCAAAGCACUCCCAAUGCCUGCUGACUACACAUCGGACAAGGAGAUCCCCGCGUGGCGCAGGACCCGCUACCUGGUCAUCCUGAUGCUCUUCACGGGAAUGGCGAAUGCCUACGUGAUGCGAACGAACAUGUCGGUGGCCAUCGUGGCCAUGGUCAACCACACGGCCAUCUCGGAUGUGGACGGGGACUCGGACUCCAGCUCUCAGGACGGGGAGUUCGUGUGGAGCUACAAGCUGCAGGGCUACAUCCUCUCCAGCUUCUUCUACGGCUACGUGCUCACCCAGAUCCCCUUCGGCCUGCUGAUCAAGUACUGUGGUGCCCGGCACUUCCUCGGCUGGGGCAUGAUGAUCAACUCGGUGGCCGCCUUCUUCGUUCCGCUCUCGGCGAGAUCGGGUGGUGCCAUCGGACUCUGUGUGGUGCGCUUCAUCCAGGGCUUGGGCGAGGGACCCAUUGUGCCGUGCUCGCACUCCCUGCUGGCCAACUGGGUGCCGCCGGAGGAGCGCUCCCUGGCCGGAGCCGCCGUCUAUGCGGGCGCCCAGUUCGGCACCAUCGUCUCGAUGCCACUGAGCGGAUUCCUGGCCCACCACGGAUUCGAUGGCGGCUGGCCGUCGAUCUUCUACGUCUUCGGAAUGGUCAGCACUGUGUGGUGCGUCCUGUUCAUCUGGCUGGUGCCGGAGAGUCCGGAGGCGAGCAAGCACAUCUCGGAGGCCGAGAGGCAGCACAUCGUGCAGGCCAUUUGGGAGGCCCAGCCCACGGAGGCUGGAGCGAAGAUACCCUUCUGGGGCAUCGCCAAGUCGCCGCCCUUCCACGCCGUUUUGGUGGCCCACGCUGGCCAGAAUUAUGGCUACGAAACGCUGAUGACCAUGCUGCCCACGUACAUGUUCCGGGUGAUGGACGUGGACAUCCAGGCGAACGGAGUGAUAUCCUCGCUGCCCUACCUGGCCAUGUGGCUGCUGGCCAUCGCCUUUGGCUUCCUGGCCGACUGCCUCAUCCGGCGCAAGUGCUCCGUGACGAUUGUCCGGAAGCUGAUGAACAGCUUGGGGCAAUACGGACCGGCGGCGACUCUGAUCGCCGUGGGAUUCGUGCACCACAGCCUGUGGCUCACCUGCGUGGUCUUCGUCUUCGGCCUGGGCCUGAAUGGGGCCAUCUACUCCGGCUUCAAGAUCAACCAUUUGGAUUUGUCGCCCCGCUUUGCUGGCUUCCUUAUUUCGGUGACCAAUUGCGUGGCCAACUUGGUGGGACUCACGGCUCCAAUGGUUGCCGGUCAUGUGAUCGACCAGGGUCCCGUGGUGGAAAACUGGCGGAUCGUCUUCUAUAUCUCCGCUGGGGUUUUUAUUUUCAGCGCCAGUUUCUACAAUAUAUUUGGCAGCGGCAAGCAGCAGUGGUAAAAACAACAAAAUUAUUAAAAGAAAAAAUGGAUGAAAAAAUG